UAGGUGGCAGCCAAGUUAGAGCUGGCCAGAAGCUUAGUAGAAAAUUCACACAGGCCGAAGUAAAUCACUGCUUUCUCAGCUCUUACUUCAGUUUGCAGGAAAAUAUCAGUGAUUCACUCUGAGCUUCUCAGGGACACAGCAGGAGCUUCAGUGUGAAGAUGCCCAACAUCCACAGGACAGAAAGUGCACGUGCACUUAUCAGAAGUGAGCUCAACGACAGAACUGGAAAGAUACCUGAGGAAAUAGGGCCUCUUAUGUAUGCUGCACCUUUUUAAGUGUCGUAUAUUUUUUGCUCCCAUCAGUUCAGUUUUGUUUCGUUUUUAAUCAUUUUCCUCCAUCACAAGCUGAUCUUUUUUUGCCUGAAUUUAGUCUCUGAAAUAGUUUUGGGGGAAAAUGGCACGCGAGCUUCCCUUUGAAACGUCACUUCCGCCUCCUCCUUAGCAAAGCAAGAUGGCGGCCGUCGUAGAGAGAGUUGAUGGAUGUGUUGGGUCCUUGGACUCAGACGCGGUGUCACCCAGACAGUCCACCCCUCCACCGGACCAGCCGCACCAGAACAACCCGCUGUUAGGACUGCCCAUUGUGGCCAUUGAGACUAUUCUCAAUUUUCUGUCUUACGAUGAAAUCAGCCUGCUGCGCUCGGUGUGUAAGCGCAUGGACAUGAUCUGCCAACGAGUCCUGAAUCAGGGCUUCCUGAAGGUGGAGCGGUACCACAGUCUGUGCCAGAGGCAAGUCAAAGCCCAGCUGCCCAGGCGAGAGUCAGAGAGGAGAAACCAUUCACUGGCCCGUCACGCUGACAUCCUGGCUGCUGUGGAGACACGCCUCUCUCUGCUCAACAUGACCUUCAUGAAAUAUGUCGACUCCAACCUCUGCUGCUUCAUCCCCGGGAAGGUGAUAGAUGAGAUUUACCGCGUGCUGCGCUACGUGAACUCCACUCGGGCCCCCCAGCGAGCUCAUGAGGUUCUGCAGGAGUUGAGGGAUAUCUCCUCCAUGGCCAUGGAGUACUUCGAUGAGAAGAUUGUCCCCAUCCUGAAGAAGAAGCUGCCAGGGGCCGACCUGUCCGGCCGCCUCAUUGGCUCUGCACCAGUGGCAGGUCCAUCUACCUCCCUGACCACCAUGUCCCUGCUGGCCAAGAACACGCCGUCACGCUCUGAGAUGACCAAGGUGCAGCAGCAGGUGAAGGUGAACGGGGCGUCAAUGACAGUUCUGCGGAGGGAGAUGCAGGAAAUCCGUGUCAAGCAGCUGGAGCAGCAGAAGCAGCUGCAGGACCAGGAGCAGAAGCUGCUGGAACAGACCCAGGUGAUCGGUGAGCAGAACGCCCGCCUUGCCGAGCUGGAACAUAAGCUCCGCGAACUGAUGGACAGUAGUGCCGCUGCUAUGGGAGGACCGCGGCCCAGCACAGCUGUCCCCUCCACAUCCGGCAGCGCUGCCGUGUCUUCCACCGCUGCCAGCACGUCUGGUACAGUGUUGGCAAGCGGCAGUGUUGCCGCAGCCUGUCUACCCAGAGAGCCAGAGGCCGAGGAAGGGUCGUCACUCAAACGCACCAGAAAGAGCUCAGAUCUUCCACGACAGUCCAAACGGCUGCGCAGCAAGAAAUAAGAGACUCAGUGUGUCAUUUAGUUGGUCAAGUUUUGUUUUUGGUUUCGAGGUCUGACUGAUCACACCUUAUCCCCAAUCCCCCGUGUCAGCCCCCACCAUCACCUGUACUGUCUGUGAGAUGAGUCAGGUCUAUCCCUGUACGCUUACCAGUGUUCUCUUUUCAACAAAUCCCAUGAAAACCCCCAAACCAACAAUGUGUUAGUCCCUCCGACCCUGUCUGUGGUUCUCAGGCCCAAGCCCAUUGGUUCCUGCUGAAGACAUAAAUUAGAAUAAAAGGCUCACAAAUAUUCAUUAUUCACUUUUAAAAAAGGCUCAGCGGACACUGUAGCUUUUAAAAAAGUGUUUGCGGGACUAUUUCCAGCGGCGGAUGAAUCCACAUGUGGUGCUGUAGUGAGUGUUUGGGGCAGCAUGACGGUGUGUGUGGGGCUGAGGCAGAAUAAACUCCAGUGUGUGUGUUCAUGGUGAUGAAGGUGCAGCAGAGCGGAUGUGUUUUAACAGUUUCUGGACAACAGUGGAGGAAGAAGAUCCAUCAGCUGUGAUACACACACACACACACACACACCUGUCAGCAGAAACGUUCGUGAUGGUUUGGCUCUGCACAUGGGAUUAGUUGACAAGAAGAAAAUACAGAAUAUCACCAGACUUCCUAACCACUUAACUCACUCACAAUAUAGGCAGUUGGUCGGCCAUUUGCAUCUCAGAAGACAAUUUAUUGAACGUCACAUUAAAAUUACUGUACAGCUUUUUAAUGUAGAUGCUUUUCUAAGAGGCUCAUAUGUUUGCAAAAAUUUAAAUUGGGUUUGACAGAACAGAACUUCAGAUGGUUGUGAAUUUGUUUACCAGAAGUCACAUUAAACGUGUGACUGAUGUAGUUAUGACAGGCCUUAAAGUUCAAAUAAUGUAACCUAGCUGCAUGUUGGUAAUCAGUGAUCUCCUUUCCAUGUUCACAUGGACAGGAAGUCUGAAUCCACAAGCAUUAAUUUCAUUCACAGUUGCUUCUUCCUGACUUCGGCUAAGUGCAAUAAAAAUCAUCUAAAGUAAUAAAUAAUUUAUAUUCCUUCCCAGUAACCUGGUUGGUCUAUCCAGAAUUGCUGCUCAGGUCAGUCCAGUCCAGUCUGAUCAGUUCACGAAUCAGCGUAAAUUUGGAAGGAUGGCGCAGGGCGUACCGUGGAGGUAGAGCUGAUUUUCUGAAGGGAUUUUCCUUUCCACUGUGCCUCAGCAGCCACUGACAGAUAUCAUUGUCCUCUGAUCCGUAGACAUGCAGCAGUGAUAAUGGGACCCACAGCUCUGGUGUGUGUGUGUGUGUGUGACAAUAAUCAUUUCUUUUCAGACCGUUUUUAGCUGUGGUGUGCCUGAAAGCACCUGAUGUUCCUGCUUGUUUUACAUGAGAAGUUGUGUGUGCUGGAGGAUAACGGCUCUCCAACAGCAAAACAAUGUUCGCCAUCGUCUCCUUUGAGGACCAUACAGUGUUUUUAGAUUUCAGCCUAUUUACUACGAUAAUGUACAGCUCCGUACAGCUGAACAUCUUACAAAGUACACUGAGGGGUACAGGAUUCUGGAUGUGUUGUUUCUGCUUCCCGGACAAUCAUUGAUUUAUAUAAAUCUCACUGCAGAAGCUUGCACAUCUUUCCUCUUCGCCUCUUCUCGCUGCCAGAAUCAGAGGACUAGCCCGCGCAGUUGCACAAUCAUGCUUCGUUUUAUACCAACAAUUCCUCGUCGAAAUCAUUGUUCUUGAGUCUGACAAAAUAUGUUAACUCAAGGUCCACUUAAUAGCCUUUUCCAGAGUUUUCAGCCACAUCCCACGGUCUUCAUCAUUGGAAACAGUAUAAGAUUAUUUUGUCUAAUUGUAAAUAGUUUGGGGAGAAAUUUGAACCCAAAGUCACUUGCUAGCUUCCUCUGACACUUUCAGCCACUUCUGUCUUCUUCAGCCCAUGACGUGACAGCUGAGCAAACUCAUCCGCUGAUGACGGCGAGAUGAAGAUGAGAUGUGGUUGAAAGCUCUGGAAAAAGCUAGUAAAUGGACCUUGAUUUAUAUUUUCUCAUCAAACUUGUGUUUCCAAUCUCACAAAAUAAUCCUAACUCAAGGUCUACUUCCCAGCUUUUUGUUCAGGGCUUUCAGCUGCAUCUCCCAGCCUUCAGUGGACGGAGUCUGGUCUAUUUCCAAGGUCAGGAACGGACUUUGACGCGCAGUUGUUAUUGAGGCUUUGGAGUUUCUAGAGACCGAGAGUCAGAUCGUCAUGGAAAGCGUUGACAUGAUCAACUCGGAUUGCUCCAAACGUACCGGCUGGACUCGCUCAGUGUUUCCCAGGCGAAUCAACUGCAGGAAAUGGGUGGAAACAGAAAAUCACUUGUAUGGUCCUCAAAAGUCGCAGAAAAAUCUCUAUAUAAAUAUAUACACUGUAUAUGUGAUGGCAUUUAAAGAGUCUGUUCACGCAAAUUACACAUGUUCUCACUUCUCUGGUGCCAUGCAGAUCGUUUUGGUGUCUCUUGAAAACAAGGACAGUGAAUGGAUCGAUACCACCAGAGGGAAGUGAGAAAAUAUUUUUUGACCCUUUAAAUGUUGUCAUUUUGUUUUUAAUAUAAUAUUUUUUCCAUGUUGUAACACCAACUUUGAAAUUUAAGUUUCUAAUCAACCUGUUGCAAUUAGUGUCAGGGACCUACCAGAGCUCAUGGCUGGUUUGCAGUGACAGUAGGGGGGUGCUGGAAGGGUUAAGUAUAUACAGUGCAGCAGCACUCUUCCCCUCCCGUGCACACUCGUCUCGGUAACUGUGGGCCCAUAUUGUGGCUGCACGUUUGCUUUGUUUGGAAGCUUCUCUGUUCGUCGGAUGACCUGAUCCACUCAUGGCAUGAACUUUUGGUAAAGAAACUUUGGAAAUGCAGUUCACGUCUUGGUGAACUCUAACGUGUAUUAUAAUGACACUGGGCAGAAAAACACAACAAGAUGUAAUCUAGUGGCUUAAUUUGAGACUGCGUCUCAGUUUAGAAAAGUGUACUGUAAUCUUCAUGUACUUUAAAGUGUAGAUUGUGAAUGAGUUCAUGUAUGUAUCCCAAGAAAACGAUCUUUUGAGUUGGCCAACUUGGGGCUAACUGUACGGUUUUGUUGCACACAUUACUGUUACAAAUGUACAAAUCAAACAUAUUAAAGCUCAACUUAA